CAGGUGCGAAAGUGGACUAGUCCAGGUAGACUACAAACAUUCAAAAUGGCGUCUGGUAAAGGCGCAGGUAAAGGCUAUCAAGAGAAAGGCCGAGGAUAUAUGUACUGGUUUGCCUUUAUUUGUUCAAUAAUUUCUCUGGUUUUAGUGUUUGUUGCUUUCGCCUCGCCCUUCUGGUACAAGUCCUGGAGCCGAGUUCACAGUCCCCUUGCCAAUGUCGGGAUGUGGCAUAUUUGUCUCUCAGGAUGGGUAAAGCCCAGGGACCCCACGAUGAGGUCCUAUGUAGGCUGCUGGUGGAUCCACUCUACUUUCUUUGAAGAGGUCUGGGAUGACAUUAUGCCAGCCUGGUUCCGAAUAGUCCAGACGAUAGUGAUCCUGACACUGUUGAUUAACAUGGCUGCAGUGCUCAUGCUUUCGUUCUACCCAGUUGAUCGACUAAGGAUCAAGUACUACAAUCCAAACAGAUACAGGGCCUUCCUUGUUAACUCUGUCCUCAUGUUUGUGUCAGCUGUUUUUGUCUUGAUUGUCGCCUUACUAUUCCCAAUGAAGGCCCGCGACCCCAAUUGGAUGCCACGUCCUUGGUUGAACUACCUAUCAUGGUCUUAUGGAUUCUUCGUCCUGUCAGGAUUCUUUGCAGUUUUUGCAGGAAUCUCACUUUUCAUAAAAUCUUCAGACAUCCACCACAAGCCAGAGAAAGGUACAGAAGAAAUCGAGAAAAAAUUGGAGUUACCUCCCCUACCAUCAGGAAUGGCGCCACCAAUAAGACCACCACAUUACGAACCAAGUGAGCAUGGUCGCAGUGUGGGAGGAUACAGCAUGGGUGGAGCUAGUAUGGGCGGGGCCAGCAUGGGGGGAGCUAGCAUGGGAGCUGUCAGUCAAGGGGCCCAAAGCAAGCAUUCAGAAUCCUUUGUGUAGUCCAGGCUUAUGUGUUAAUCUCAUCAACUUUAAUUAUAUGUCAAUCAGAGCAUUUUCUUCAAGACUUGUCAUGUACUGUGAAUCUGUUUUACCUCUUAUCUCUAGCAUUCUAGGAACAGAAACAGAUUAACUUCAUCAAAGAGUUUUUGUGGAAAUUCAUUGUUAUGUGUUUUAACUUCCUCCAAAAACUAUUCUAAAUGCCAGGUACUCGUAUCUAACAUCCCUUUUUCAUUCAAUAGUUUGAAGAAAAUAUUAAAUUGAGCAUUCAGAUGGUGCCAGAUCUAUAGAUUUCUUUCUAAAAUUAAUGUACAUUCCAUUGAAACAAAACAAACAGAAUUUACUUUGAUGACAUUCUAUCACAAAUUUGCAAUUAGAUUUCAAGGUCUUCAUAUCUACAAUUAUAGUCAUGUGCCAUGUAAUAUGUACAGAAAAUCAGGUCAUUUUUCUUUGCAUGUAUAUAUAUUAAGGAAUCACCAUGUGUUUUGUAUAAUGUCUUUUCAGACUGACAAUAUAACAAGGAUAAAUGUGUAUGUAUACUGGUAUAUUUUUUAUUCUCAGAAAAUAGUUUUGGUGUAUAAAAAAUUAUUUAAUCAUCAUUGUACAUAAUUCAUACAAAAUUGUAGAAUAUUUUUAUGAAUCACAUUCAUUUUUUCACUGGAGUAAAUGUAGAAUAAUAUUUUAUACAUGAAUAUAUAAAGUGAAAAUACAAUACAUUGUAUACAAUAAAAAAAAUAAUA